UCUCCACACAGGGCAGACCGGGAACCAGGAACAAAAAUGCAGCGGCGGGGUUGGGAAACCGGUUGAGUAGUAAAGGACGCGGUUGCACGCCCCCAGCAAGGAGCAGACAGAAGGCGGAUUAUACGAUUAAACUUGGAGCUAAAUACUCUGGUAAAAAUAAUCACAGUUACAGGGGAACAUGUCAAACUCAAACUGGAAGCCGUUUGUUUUCGGCGGUCUAGCCUCUGUCACGGCAGAAUGCGGGACUUUCCCAAUCGAUUUGACCAAGACGCGGUUACAAGUACAAGGCCAAGUGGGAGACAUCAAAUACCGAGAAAUUCGCUACAGAGGAAUGCUCCAUGCAAUGGUGAAAAUUUGCAGAGAGGAGGGAGUCAGAACACUGUAUUCGGGCCUAGCCCCGGCGAUGCUGCGCCAGGCAUCCUAUGGAACAAUAAAGAUCGGCACCUACCAGAGCCUCAAGCGUCUUCUCGUGGACAACCCAGAGGACGAGACGUUGCUGAUUAACGUAGGCUGUGGCGUUAUGUCUGGGGUCAUCUCCUCGUCCAUCGCAAACCCAACCGAUGUGCUGAAGAUCCGCAUGCAGGCCCAGGGUAGCGUUAUCCAGGGCAGCAUGAUGGGGAACUUCAUCAACAUCUACCAGCAGGAGGGAACCAGAGGACUGUGGAAGGGCGUGUCUCUCACGGCGCAGAGGGCGGCCAUCGUGGUCGGGGUGGAGCUGCCCGUCUAUGACCUUACCAAGAAGCACCUCAUCCGGUCGGGUCACAUGGGCGACACGGUCUACACACACUUCCUGUCCAGCUUUGUGUGCGGUUUGGCCGGGGCCCUGACCUCCAACCCGGUGGAUGUGGUCCGGACCCGCAUGAUGAACCAGCGGGGAGGAGCCGUGUACCAGGGCACCGUGGACUGUCUGCUACAGACCUGGCGUUCGGAGGGCUUCAUGGCUCUUUACAAAGGGUUCUUCCCCAACUGGCUGCGUCUGGGUCCGUGGAAUAUCAUUUUCUUCCUCACCUACGAGCAGCUAAAGAAGAUUGACGUUUGACGAUGAAGGCUGAAACGAGGAGAAGUGAAUGACAAGCGAGAGAGAGAAACCGUGGGGACCAUGGCAGGAAGUCCCAGCGCAGGAAAGCCGGGAUAGAUCCAGCAUGGAGCCAUUGAAUAGGGCUGGGGGAAAGAGGUGGGAAGAUUGAUGUGCCAUCCAACAUAGACAAGGCUUCAUAUGUCUUGGAUGUUGACUGCGCUUGUAACCCGUCAGUCACACGCUUGCACAUACAUGCAGUUUCUCCCAGCCGAACCCCCUCUCCCUCCUUCCAACCCACCGCGUUACGUUUCUGGCGUACCUCGAUGAUCCGGCACUCCCUCCCUUAAGCCCCAGCAACCCCUUGUUUUGUUGGAAAACACCCAGAUUGGUACCUCAGUACAUACAAAGUGGAACGACGGCACAUCUGCCGAUUUCGAGUGCCUUAGUGUACUGCAUCACUUCCUGUUGAUGGCCCUGCUUGAGCUGCAGAAGAAGGAGAGGCAGGAAGUCCAGGCGACCACGGGGCAUCAGUGGUUAAAUACCACUUCCCAGGGACAGGGUGGGGCCACACAAGACUCAAAUCUAACAUUUGUACACUUCAUACACUCAUUUAUUUUCGUCUCCCUAAAUUGUCAUACAGGGAAAAUGGGGUGACGGCAUUUUUUUUUUAUGAUUAUUCCUCUGUAGAAUAUUAUUUGCCCAAUGUUUAAGAUUGACCAAGAAUGUAUCGUCUCCAUAUUUGACUGCUAUAUAAACACUUGUAUAUAGCAGUUACAGUGUAAACGGAGCGAACAACAGCCACCAGAACCAAAUGCGUCAGUCGUACUCGCUCAUGUCACAUGAGAUACAAGCCACGGAGGGUAACUAACUGGGUUCCCAUGACCCCUCUUAGUUCUUUCAUAACGCAUUGCAAUGGCAUUACAGCCUCAUGCUUCAUGAAUUGGCACAUAGUUGACGCCAAACUUAUUUGCACACCGCAAAAAACAUUUGAUGUAUCAUGUUGAAAAGCAACCCAGCUGACCAAAUAGUUACUUAAAAGGGAAAAGUAUAAAUGUAUUACCUAUUGCUGUAUGCUUAUAUUUUGCACGAAAUUAAUAUUCCGAUGGUCAUUCAUGUCCAAAUGUGGAUAUUUACGUGCAUUUGUUUAGGAAUCAUGUUACCAAUUGCGUUUGUUAGUACCAGUGUCUUUUCGAUCGGUGCGAUUUCGGGAAACGUAUUAUGCUGAUGUUACAAUUAUUUGAGUUCUGAUCAUUGAGGGAUCCACCGAAUAAACUGUAAA